AUGUCUAAUAAUGAUGAUAAGAAAACUUCUGAUAACGCCACAACCGUAACUCAAAACAUCAAAGUUCGGGUAAAAAUUUUCGGUUCAAGUGUCUCCGGUAACAUCUUUACCAAGAAAAAUCAACAAUGGGUGGAAAAUGCGCUCACCAUAAACAAGAUUCCUUUCGAGUUUGUUGAUGUAGCAGCUGAUGAGGAACAAUUGAAGUUUAUGAAACGCCGGAACCGUGGAGCGCAGGGAUUACCCCAGAUUUUUGUUGAUAAUGAAUUUGUAGGGCUUUUUCCUGCUUUCGAGGAAGCACCAUGA